UAUUUAUUUUUCAUGCUGAGGAUAUUCUCGGCACUCUUUAAACGGCGACUCACCCAACCAGCACGAAUCAUGAACCACGCAGCAUCUGAGCCCAAGGCCGAUCAGCCCGAGCACAUCAACAUCAGCGAUCCGACCGACGAGCCAUCAGCUAAGCGCAUCAAGGAGGAUGGCAUCAGCACCGGGCCCACUGCGAGCAGUCUCCAGCAACCGCAGCCGCAACUGCGACACCGGCGACUUCCUGAGGGAAACCGACGUCGGCAUAACCGAGUUCAUAACCCCCGGCUGGGCGGGCUUUGACGGGAUAAUCAAGCACCGAUUCUCGGACUUUUUUGUCAACGAAAUCGACCCACAGGGAAAGUGAUCCACCUAACCUCCUACACGGACGCCAAUGACCCAACUCCCGAACCCACCGCGGAGGAAAAAGCCAUCGAAGCCAUGCAAGUGCCAGAGGACGCCCAGGAGGCAUUUGACCAAGCGUUCCCGCGACUGGCCGAGAUCAUUGGGGAGACGGACGCGCAGGCGAUUCGCACCCACCUGGAAGCCAACCCGGAGGGUCGCACGCUCGAGGAGCGCACGCUGAAGCUGGAUCGUGAUCUGGAAAAAGCGCAGCGCGCCGGAGUGUACCUUGUAACCAAGAACUUCUUAGCCACGCAGUUGACCGUCGAGACAGUCGACGGGCGGCUGCUCUUUAUCCAGCGAGUUUCGGGCCCAGAAGGCGGGCGGAAGGAGUGGAAGAAGGCGCAGCGGGCGCAGCGGCCGCGCGGCUGGGGUGCGCAAUGGAAGCAUGUGGGGGACCACUGCUAUUUUGUCUUGCAGAAGGAAAACGCUGACACUAUGGAUGUACUGAGCCAAAUUGCCCGGCAGCUGCACGUCAGCCCGCGGUCUUUCGGGAUGGCUGGGACCAAAGACAAGCGCGGAAUCACCGUGCAGCGCUGCUCGGCGUUCAAGGUCGAACACACCCGGUUGAUCUGGGCCUCCAAGAAACUGCGCGGCGCGCGCUUGGGGAACUUCAGCUAUGCGCAGGCGGAGCUCAAGCUGGGCGACCUCAAGGGCAACCGGUUCUGCAUUGUCCUGCGGCAUGUGCGCGGCGCCGACGAGCAGUCGCUGGCGCCGGUGCUGGAGGGGAUCAGGCAAACGGGGUUUGUCAAUUACUAUGGGAUGCAGCGUUUUGGUACGCAGAGCGUGGCAUCGCAUACGGUUGGACUGGCGAUGCUGAAGAGCCAGUGGAAGCAGGCUGUUGAGCUUGUGUUGUGCCCGCGCGCUGGUGAUGCUAAGGAUAUGGCUGGGGCGCGCGCGCUCUGGGCCGACGGCCAGAUUUCCGAGGCUCUUGCAGCGUUGCCCAACAGGGGCGCACUGGCCGAGCGCAGCAUCCUACAGGACCUUGUCCAGCAGCAGCAGAAGGCCGGUGUGAGUAAUUGGGCGGCUGGGUUUGCGUGUAUUCCGCGCAAUCUGCGUCUGAUGUACGUGCACGCGUACCAGUCAUAUGUGUGGAACACGGCGGCGAGCCGGCGACUGCAGCUGUACGGUGUUGCAGGGGCGGUUCCGGGCGACCUUGUGGUGGAGGCCGGCGAUCUGGCGCCGGACGCAGGACGGGUGCAACCGGUGGUGGUGACAGCAGAGACAGCACACCAGUACUCGAUCUACGACGUCGUCCUGCCGCUGCCCGGCUGGGACGUUCGGUACCCGGAGAACCAGGUGGCGGCAGUGUACAAUGACAUUAUGGGCAAGGACGGAAUGUCCCCUGAGCGCAUGGCGGAGCACCCGAUGAAGGAAUACAGGCUGGCUGGGGCUUACCGCCAUGUGGUUAUUCGGCCUAGGGACUUUAGCCACCAGUGGAUGCGCUAUCGCGACGAUAAGCUGCCCCUGGCGAGAUCCGAUUCGGACCGCAUUGAGGGAAAGCAUGAGCCUGAGUCGAUUGAGUUUGGCGAGCUGGUGGCGCUAAAACUUGAGUUUGAUUUGCCCUCUAGCGCCUAUGCCACAAUGCUACUGCGUGAGCUGAUGCGCCAGGAGACUGCCGCCGGGCAUCAGACGACGCUGAGCAAUGGGACAAACGAGAACGAAUAAAUAAAAAAAAACAAGGUGUUUUUCUUCUUUUUUGUUAUGU